AUGGCCGGCCUUCCCCAGGAUUAUCAGGAUCUGAGCGCGUCUCAGAAGCGCGAUGCACUCUGGGCGAGCAUACAAUCCUCUACAUACCCGUCAGGUGCAGCACUUCCCGCUCAGGGGCCCGGCGCAGCGGCAGAACUCCAGCUGCUGUGGCCACCUUACCUCUGGGCAACUUUCUUGCACUCCUCAGAUGCGCUGCCCAGGGGCCGCGUCAAGCUCAUUCACACCUUUGGCAGCGUCUGCAAGGUCUCCCUGAAGAUCAACCCGGCCUCAAGGCAAGCUUUCGGGGGGCCACCUGGGUACAGUGGGAUCUUCAAGUCAGGUGGCGCAGGACUGCUGCGUCUCUCCCCAGCAAAGCAGAAUUUUGGGUCUUUCCAGCCGGGCGCAGGCCUCAAGAUAUUAAUCAGCGGCCGCCCCUCAGUCAACUUCCUUAUAAUGCCAACCCUGGACGGCCAAGGGAAUGACUUCAAUGCCUUCAGACAUCCCUACACGAAUGUGCUCGCGCCGCCGCAAGAUGCCAGGCUGAGAGUUGUGGCAGCUUCUUUCGCUGUUGCCGUCCCAACUCUUUCCGCAAACGCGGCUCACAGGCCGGAGGACGCAAGGCACCUGCCAAUGCUAGAGGCUGCACAGGUCCAAGCAGACGGCACAGAAGUACCAAUAGCAGAUGUCCGAGCGCCUUACCAGAUCAUUCUACAGCCCACUCCAGAGAUCACAGCCGCCUAUCACGUGGUUAUGCAGGAAGACAUGCGGCUUAGUCUGGCUCAGAUUGCAGCUGGCAGCUUGCUAUUUGAGGUGCAAGUGAGGGAAUCAGCCACAGCCGAGCUUGAGAGCAUUGGGUCGAUUGUAAUGGAGAGCGAGUUUCUGGCAUCUGGGUUUGGUGAUGAAGUGCUGUUUUUCCAGCACAUGCGCCACAGAGUCCUUGGCGGCGCACAGUAA